AUGCAUGCUAGCCAGAAGUUUCAAGGUGCUAAACCACCUCGGUAUGUUUUACAUUCGAUAUUUACAAUAAUUGCGUUUUCAACAUCUGCUUUAAUUAUCAGUAUUCCAACUCGAGCAGGUCUUGUUCAACAACCAACACAAGUUGCACCAGUCAAACGAUUGGCAAGUAACACACCUGUGACUAAAAAUCGAGCAUCGGCAAUGGUCAAAUCGCAAUCGGCAUACAACAUUCCAAGAGCAUCAACAGUGACAGCGACAGCUCCUAUUGUAUCACAAAUGAAAAAAUCAAUCAGUGAACAAGACCUUGUUAAUGUCGUGCCACGAACACAAAAAUCACGAUUUGGAUUUGUGAAAAAACCUGGCGAAUUAUCUGCUGUCCGAGAGGAUCCUCAACACAUUUCACCGGCAAAACCAGUGGCCUCAUCACGCGUCAGCGGCGCUUGGAAAAAGAACGGUGAUGAUCUUGCCGAUGAACGUGAUCGACGCGAACUUCUUCUCGCCCAAAAUGAACUUUUACAAAUCGUCUUUACAAAUCAGUUAUUUAAUGAGAUCGUCCAGUCCAAUCGACAGAUGCAAACCGCACGUUUUGGCAAACUGCAUCGUACUACGUACCGAAUCAUCAACGACAUCAACAAUUUACAAGAAACUAGAAAGAAGGCUGUAGUCGAUAAGAUCGUCGGCAAUAUUAUUAAAACAUUGGGCGAAACACUGAGUAAGAUCGUGAGAUUAUUUAAUGAUUACGAUCAAAAACAACAGACACUUGAUAUAUGUCUUUCGAGCAAACUUGAUCGAUUGAAUAUCCAGGGUGUGCUGAACGAUGUCACUGACGAGAACAAAGAAAACUGGACACGUCAAUGUGACCGAUUGAUCGAAUUAAUCGAAGGAAAUGAUUUAGCACAAAUGAGCACAAGCGAUUUAGAAACAUAUUCAAAACUAAUUAACGAACUUGAUUCAACGAUUGUCUCCUUCAAACGUACGAUUGUCAAUCAAAACCAUGUGGUUGCUGCAAGCGAAAAAGCGAUGUUAGAAAGAUGGAAAUCGAUUCUAAUUUACGUUCGAAACGUCGUCGUACCGAAGAUUCUCCUGUUUCUUCUCAGUCUUUUUUAUCCGACGAUCCUCUUACCUGUCCAUUUUGUACAUUUACUACAACUUCACAAUUAUUUUCUUCUUGAACUUCAUAUGGAUGAAGUACAUAAUACAUACUCAUCCAUUCAAACAUAUCGCUGUUUGAUGGAAACAUGUUCACAAACUUUCGCCAAUUUGGAUCAACGUUUACAGCACAUGAACGUCGAACAUUAUACCAAAGAUCAUUUACUGAAUAGGAUCUAUUCGUUCUUUUCGCAUCAAGAAGCAUUUGACACAAAGAAAACGAACAAAGAAGAGAAGAAAUUCGGAUGUGAUAGUCAAAAGACCUUCCUACGAAAUUCACGUUUGAAACCACGCGAAGACUUUUUUGUUCAUUGGGAUGGUGAUGAUAAUGACUAG